UGGGGCUGUCGUUGAAGCGGUUCAAAAUGUUUAUGACGAAUGUGAGACUUUAUCCCAAACCUUACCUUCAACCGAGGUCCAGGAUUGCAGGAGCGUACUUAGUCGAGUACUAAAUGUUCCUGAGUAUUCCGGUCGUGUGAGGGGUAAGGGUUUUGGUGUGACUCCGUCGUCAUUUUAUAAAAAACCAAAAACAAAAAAUCCUACCAACAAAGAGGUGAUGGAGACCUUGGCGGAGUUAAGGGCACAAGUACUCGAACUACAAAAGGAGAAUGCAAGGUAUAGAGAGGAAAGGUGCGGUUCCGAGGCAAAAGAUACUAGUGACCGAGCUAGUAUCAAUUGUCAACCGAAAUUUCCCGAGUGCAUUACACCUUGUCAGCUGUAUCUAUCGUCACCAACUUAUCGCAUAGUUGGCAAGGGAAAAGUGCACAACACUUCGGGUGAAUUACUUCACCAUAAUCCCCUCCCGGUGGGAUAUAUGAAAGUUUCGGUUGACCUUGUAUUAGAUACGGACGCGCUUCUACCAUUACCUGACGUUGUUUCAGAGACAACGUUGAUGCGAGAUGCAGUCGGAUCCUUUGUUGGAUGGCCGUCAGAUCUAAUUUUCCCAGAUGUACCACAUGAUAACAUUAAAGGACAACAAGAGAAUACUUAUAUGUCAGUUGCUGGGAAACUUACGGAAUUCCAUGAUAUAAAUAAUAUGGCCCCAUUCAUUGCUAGUCAUUUACAACAUUCUACUUAUGCUCCUAACAACGAAACACACAGGACAAGGGAUAAGGUCAUAACUCCAAAAGCUAUUAAUCUACUUAAUAAUGAUGGUUCACAAAUUAAGGAAAUGGGCUCAAUUCAAGAAAAUUAUAACAAGGAUCAUAAUGAGGUUUUUAAUGUCCCUAUACCCCCUGAUGCAAACUUGAAACAUGCAAACUUCAAAUAA